GAGAGAGAGGGGCCAGAGUUAUGGAGAGGAAUAAAUGGAGGUGGCGAGGUGGGGAGAGAGGGACACGAAACGGACGCCACCCUCCCGGAGGCUCCUCUCCUCUCCUCUCUUCUCCCCACCUCUUCUUCCUCCUCGCCUUGCCGUGUUCACUCGUUCAUCCAUCCAUCCAGUCCCCAGCUCACGAGCGCAAGUUAUUGCGCGCCGCGUUUAGCCUCGGCGUGGGGGCUUCUGUUUUGCCUGUGUGGCGCUGGGGGGCAGCAGGUGCGGUGCCGCGUGCUCACGACUCACGAGAGAGGGAGGCUCUGCUACUCUGCUCUUGAGCUGCUGCUGCUCUGGAGAUAGAGGAAUAGAAGGCGGCCGGGGCAGGGGAGGUGAGGCACGGGCAUGGGGAUGGACGGCGGCGGCGGCAAGCUGCCGUACAGCUACGCGGCGCACCAGGACGGCGGCAAGCUGGUGAAGAGCUUCAGCCGCGUGGAGCCGCGCAAGUUCGGGCUCGGCCUCGUCGCCGGCUUCCUCCUCGUCACCUGCGCCUACUUCUCCACCGCCAAGUUCGACGCCAUCCACAUCGCCAUGAUCAGCCCCAUUUCCAGCAAUGCGGCUGGGAUCGGCUCGCUGGUGGGCGCCGCCGCCGACACCUCCAACUCCAACUCCAAGCAGCAAUUUGAUUUGGGCAAGCGAGACCCGUCCAUGUCCGAGGAGGGGAGCAAGGCCGAGGUGCUCGAGAAAGACGACGGCAAGGCUUCCCCUUCGGGUUCCGGGCCAGAUUCCGGCCGCAAUGCGCCGCUGGAGGACACGAGGAGAGACGAGACUUUUGUUGGGGACAGCGGUGAUGCGAGCGGCGUCCCCGCGUCUUCCGCGGCGGCGAAUCCUGCCGCGGCGGGUGGCAACGGUGAGGCGGUUCCUGCCAAGGACGAUGACGCCGCCCCCGCUGCUGCCGGUCUUCUUCCUCCCGUGUCGUCAGAGGAAGCCGCGAACGGCACGCAAGAAUCAGGUGGUCUUGAGGACGAGGAGCUGCAGGUGCAGGAUGCUGUUGCCAAUCCUUCCAAGAGGAGCAACGACUCCGCCGCCGCCGCCGCCAUCACCACCCCAAGCAGCAGCAAUGGCAGCUCGCUCGCUGUGGUUCACUCUGACCCUGCCAUCCUCCCUGCUCCCGCGCAGCAGAUUCCUCCUGCUACGCAAGAUGUCAAGGCUCUUGCUGAUCAGCAUGUUCCAGCGAUUCCAGAGGUUAAGCAAGCAGAUUCGGAGACGACGCCGGCGCGGGAGUGGAAGCCGCUGUGCGACCUCACCUCGAACCGCCGCAUCGACUGGUGCGAGCUCGACGGCGACGUGCGCGUGCUGGGCGCCAACGCCAGCGUCACGCUGGUGGCGCCGCCGGGCGCGGACGACCGCACCUUCCGCGCGGAGUCGUGGCGCAUCAAGCCGUACCCACGCAAGGCGGACCCGAACGCGAUGCACGUCGUCCGCGUGGUGACCGUGCAGUCGGUGUCCGGCGGCGGGGCGCCGGCGUGCACGGACAGGUACGACGUGCCGGCGCUGGUGUUCUCGGACCGCGGGUACACGGGCAACUACUUCCACGCGUUCACGGACGUGAUCCUGCCGCUGUUCCUGACGGCGCGGCAGUACGCCGGCGAGGUGCGGCUGCUGGUGACGGACCUCCAGGCGUGGUGGGUGGGCAAGUUCUCGCCGGUGUUCAAGGCCAUCUCCAACUACGAGCUGGUGGACCUGGACAAGGACCCGCGCGUGCAGUGCUUCCGCCACGUCCAGGUCGGGCUCACCAGCCACGACGACUUCAGCAUCGACCCGCGCCGCGCGCCCAACGGCUACUCCAUGGUCGACUUCACCGCGUUCAUGCGCGCCACCUACGGUCUCCCGCGCGGCGUCGCGGCCGCCGACGCGACGAAGCGGCCGAGGCUGCUGCUGAUCGCGCGCGCGCGGACGCGGCGGUUUGUGAACACGGAGGAGAUCGUGCGCGGCGCCGAGAGGCUCGGGUUCGAGGUGGUGGUGUCGGAAGGCACGCACGAGGUGGCGCCAUUCGCGGAGCUCGCCAACAGCUGCGACGCCAUCAUGGGCGUGCACGGCGCCGGGCUGACCAACAUGGUGUUCGUGCCGACGGGCGGGGUGGUGAUCCAGGUGGUGCCGCUGGGCGGGCUGGAGUUCGUGGCGGGCUACUUCCGGGGACCUUCCAGGGACAUGGGGCUGCGCUACCUCGAGUACCGGAUCACGCCGGAGGAGAGCACGCUGAUCGACCAGUACCCGCGCGACCACCCCAUCUUCACGGACCCCAACGGGAUCAAGAGCAAGGGAUGGGAGUCUCUCAAGGACGCAUACCUCGACAAGCAGGACGUGCGGCUGGACAUGAAGAGGUUCCGGCCGACGCUCAAGAAGGCCAUCGCGCACCUCAGGAAGGCCAAGGCCAAGGCGACCAACGGCGGCGGCAACUAAGAGUCGGCGUCGCCGUGCGUGCAUGUGUUCAUUCAUCCUCCUCUUACUCUACUCUUCUGUUUUUUUUUCUUCCUUCCUUUUUCGGGUUAUGUCGGUGUAUGUAGCAAGCAGAAAUCGACCAAAUGUAUGAUAUGGCAGGGAAAGAAGCUAGAGCAAAUCAUAUAUUCUCUCUCUCUCUCUCUCUCUCUCUCUCUCUCUCUCUCUCUCUCUCUCUCUCUCUCUCUCUCUCUCUCUCUCUCUCUCUUUUUUUUUCGUUUUUUUGGAUGGGAUGGAUUAUGCCAAGUGACCAGGAGUGAGGGACAAUGGUGGAGCGGGGAGUAUGAUCAUGAAGCAUGACAGCAAGCAGCGUACAAGGUUUAGAUGUUUGUUGGGUUUUUUUUAUGUAGCAUUUGUUCCUUGUGUUUCUUGGGGCUUUGGGUGGUAAUAAGCUUGUUUAGGCGAUUAUUAGUUAGUACAAAUGAUGUACACUUCAAUACAUACACGGCUACAUAUAUGAGCAGUAAAAAGGAUGGUCAUUUUUUCUCA